AUGGCACCGCUAGUAUUCGACAUACGUCACAUUCAACUUCUGAGAAAGUGGGGCAUUUGUGGUGUGCUAUCUGGAACUUUACCUACUGCAGCGCAGCAGAACGUAUUUUUGUCGGUACCUCUGAGACUUAUGCUAGAAGAUGUGUUAUGGCUGCACCAUAAUAAUCUUGCCGAUGUGAAAAUAAUAAGACAAGGUGGGGAUAAGAUUAUGACAGGAAUAACACGAGAGCGGGGGGCUAAGUUGUCUAAACUUGUCGAAGAUCGUUUAAAUAAGUCAUUCGAAUAUCAGAGAAAGUUCAAAAAGGAUGAACACAUUGAAAAAUUAAAAAAAAUUGGUAAAAUCAAUGACGAAACUACAGCCGAAGAACUGGAACAGUUGAAUAAAUCAAAUAAUAAUGACCACCUAAUCGAAUCUUCUUUGUUCAUUGAUAUUGCCGAUACUUCUAUGAUCUUGGAAGAUAUCAAUAUUGAGUCAGAUGGCCUAUCAUAUGAUUAUAUUCGUGAUUUGUUAUUCAAGCAGUAUAGACAGGCAGGGAAAAUGCAAACGUACUUUUUAUACAAGGCAUUGAGGGAUCAGGGGUACGUUUUAUCCCCAGGCGGACGCUUUGGUGGGAAGUUUAUAGCUUAUCCAGGUGAUCCGCUACGUUUUCAUUCACAUUUGACCAUUCAAGAUGCGAUCGAUUAUCAUAAUGAGCCGAUUGAUCUGAUAUCAAUGAUAAGCGGGGCAAGAUUAGGUACUACUGUAAAAAAACUUUGGGUAAUAGGUGGUGUUGAGGAACAAACUAACGAAACUCAUUUCUUUUCUGUAGAAUGGGCUGGGUUUGGUUAA